AUGUUAAAAAACAACAAUGACGAACCAGCCGCGGCCAUCGCGAUGGUCAGUCGUGGGGCUCGUGACACCUCGCGUUUUGUGUCGCAACGAAGCAUCAAACAGAUGGCCGGUGUCAAGAAUACAACUCCUUUUCUGCAGACAGCUCGCGACACCUUGCACUUUGUGUCGCAACGAAGCAACGAAACAGAUGGCCGGUGUCGAGAAUACAUCUCCUUUCUCCGCGGGAAGCUCCGACCCGCGUAUAAAAGUACACUUUUCUCAGGGCAGGUCCACCCUUUCAACCUUUCAGAAACUCUUCCUUCGAAUCUUCUUACUUGA